UUUUGUGAGUUUAAAAUGGCGCUGAACAUUUAUAAGUUGUUUGUAUGUUAUCUUGUUCGGCCGCCUGGAUGUUUACGAAACCGUGUGAUGCCCAAUAUUAUACGAUUCACAGACAAUUUUCGUUGCGAAAAACCUUUAUCAGUGUAUUUAUUUUCAUCUCUAACUGGAAACAAUGUUGAAUCAGCUCCUCCGAAACCAAAGAAGAAAGGGUUGGUUGAACCGAAAAUAACAUUGUUGGGCACAGAAGGGGAGGUUGUGGGCGUGACUACACUCGCAGAAGCUCACAAAAUUUCGAAGAGACGUGAUCUAAGACUCGUAAAAACUGUAGACUUUGACUCAAAAACAGGUAGACCAGUGUAUCAGUUACUGACCGGUGCCAAGUUUUUCGAAGAAGAGAAAAAACAGCGGCAGUUACUGAAGAGUAAUAAAAAAGAUGUUGGUUUUAAAGGUGAAAAAAUUUUAUCGCUGAGUUCCAAAAUAAGUGAACAUGAUUUAAAAUCCAAACUUAACAAGAUGCUGGAAUGGUUGGUUAAAAGAUAUGAAGUGCGAGUUGCUAUCACUGCGGAGCCUCAUAAUGUUGGCCUUGCUGAGCAAGUAUAUGAGUCCUUAGUUAAAGGCAUCAAAACUGAGGGCCGGAUUGUGCAGAAAAGAUUGAAAGGGAGUGAGAUCAGGUUCCAAGUUCUGCCUCCCAAACUAGAUACCAAGAAUUCUACCAACACUGCGGAGGUGUCUGAUGCAGACACGUGAAGAUGCCUGCAUAAAGACUGCCCGAGACCUGAUGGUGCUGUGUACGACGUGAAACAGGAUUGAUGCUGCCUUACACACUAUAUUUCAAGUCAAGUGCCGUCAAAAAGGGGGUUGUUUUAUCCUACCCCCCCCCCCCCCACCCUGAAAUUUUUAAACAGUUUACAGACUUAAUUGUGAGACUUUGGUAAUGCAAGGUCUUCUGUUUUUUGUUACAGAGUAAAUUGAUACAAUUGUCACCUUGGUUAUUCUGUGAUAUGUUUAAUUAGCUUAAUUGUAUCCAUUCUUGAAAAUAUGUUUUGAGGAAGACAGACUAGUUGUUUACAGAUGUUGCGUGGGUUAGAAAAUCUCAGAAGCAAUGUUGACAUUAGCCAGAGACACAGCGAAAUGAAAAAAUUGAAUGUAAUAUAUAUUAAUAAAUAGAAUAAUUAUUUUGGA